CGGACGCGUCGCGGGCGCCUUUCCCCAGAGAUUCCACAUCCAUCCAGCGUUUCCAGCCCAGCGGGCGGCGCGGCGAGCGUUGGGGCCAUCUCGCGAGCUGGAGAGGGGAGGCGGCGCGGCGGGCCGUGGGUAGCUGGGUUGGUGGUGCGGCGAUGAUGGGCGGCGCCUCCGCGGGCCACCAGCGAUGGGGCUCGGCGGGGACGACGCCGCGGUCGCUCAGCACGGGCUCCUCGCCGCGCGGGUCGGACGACGGGGAGGAGCUGGUCGAGGUCACGCUCGACCUGCAGGACGACGACACCAUUGUGCUGCGGAGCGUCGAGCCCGCGGCGGCGGCGGCGGCGGCGGCGUCGGGGUCCGCGGCGCCGAGGCUGGCAUCGGCGCGCGGGGAGCUCGCGGGCGGCGCGUCGUCGUCGUCGUCGCGGUCGCGGUCGCCGUCGAUCCGGAGGAGCUCGUCGCACCGGCUGCUGCAGUUCUCGCAGGAGCUCAAGGCGGAGGCCAUGGCCCGCGCGCGGCAGUUCUCGCAGGACCUGACCAAGCGGUUCGGCCGCAGCCACAGCCGCAGCGAGGCGCCGCCCGGGCAGCAGCACCCGUCGGGCCUCGAGUCCGCGCUCGCCGCCCGCGCCGCGCGCCGGCAGCGCGCGCAGCUCGACCGCACCCGCUCCGGCGCGCACAAGGCGCUCCGCGGCCUCCGCUUCAUCAGCAGCAACAAGGCCAACAACGCCUGGAUGGAGGUGCAGGCCAACUUCGACCGCCUCGCCCGCGACGGCUACCUCUCCCGCUCCGACUUCGCCGAAUGCAUUGGGAUGACGGAGUCGAAGGAGUUCGCGCUCGAGCUGUUCGACACGCUGAGCCGGCGACGACGGAUGAAGGUGGACACGAUUAACAAGGAGGAGCUCCGGGAGAUCUGGCAGCAGAUCACCGAUAACAGCUUCGACUCCCGUCUCCAAAUCUUCUUCGAAAUGGUGGAUAAGAAUGCGGACGGCCGGAUUACGGAGGCGGAGGUGAAAGAGAUUAUUAUGUUGAGCGCGUCUGCCAAUAAGCUGUCGAGGCUUAAGGAGCAAGCAGAAGAGUACGCCGCUUUGAUCAUGGAGGAGCUUGAUCCUGAAGGACUCGGCUACAUCGAGCUAUGGCAAUUGGAGACACUUCUGUUACAGAAAGAUACCUACAUGAACUAUAGUCAGGCCCUUAGUUACACAAGCCAAGCACUGAGCCAGAACCUGACAGGGCUAAGGAAGAAGAGUCCAAUCUGGAAAAUAAGCACCACUUUAAGCUACUAUUUCGAGGACAACUGGAAACGUUUGUGGGUGCUUGCCUUGUGGAUUGGGAUAAUGGCUGGACUGUUCACCUGGAAAUUCAUGCAGUAUCGUAACCGAUAUGUCUUUGAUGUGAUGGGAUACUGUGUCACAACUGCAAAAGGAGCUGCUGAAACCCUGAAGCUAAAUAUGGCAAUUAUCCUCCUGCCAGUGUGCCGUAACACCAUUACUUGGUUGCGAAGUACAAGGGCUGCACGGGUAUUACCUUUUGAUGACAACAUUAACUUCCACAAGACUAUUGCAGCAGCAAUUGUGGUUGGUAUAAUACUCCAUGCAGGGAACCACCUUGUAUGUGAUUUUCCACGACUAAUAAGGUCAUCAGAUGAGAAGUAUGCUCCUUUGGGCCAGUAUUUUGGGGAAAUAAAACCAACAUAUUUUACAUUGGUCAAAGGAGUGGAGGGCAUCACUGGGGUAAUCAUGGUUGUAUGCAUGAUAAUUGCUUUUACUUUAGCAACCAGGUGGUUUCGCCGUAGUUUGGUGAAGCUUCCAAGGCCAUUUGACAAACUGACUGGCUUCAAUGCUUUUUGGUACUCUCAUCAUCUGUUCAUCAUCGUUUAUAUUGCUCUCAUUGUUCAUGGGGAGUGUCUAUACCUUAUUCAUGUUUGGUACAGAAGAACGACAUGGAUGUAUCUUUCAGUGCCAGUGUGCUUGUAUGUAGGGGAGAGGAUUCUAAGGUUCUUCAGGUCUGGCAGCUAUUCUGUCCGGCUACUGAAGGUGGCUAUAUAUCCAGGUAAUGUUUUGACGCUGCAAAUGUCCAAGCCUCCCACGUUCCGUUACAAGAGUGGACAAUAUAUGUUUGUUCAAUGUCCAGCAGUGUCGCCCUUUGAAUGGCAUCCCUUCUCAAUUACCUCAGCACCUGGGGACAACUACCUCAGCAUUCAUGUUCGACAACUUGGUGACUGGACACGAGAACUCAAGAGAGUAUUUGCCGCAGCUUGUGAGCCUCCAGUGGGUGGUAAAAGCGGCCUUCUUAGAGCUGAUGAGACAACUAAGAAAACCUUACCCAAGCUUCUGAUUGAUGGACCGUAUGGUUCUCCUGCUCAGGAUUACAGCAAGUAUGAUGUUUUAUUACUUGUUGGAUUAGGAAUUGGUGCAACACCGUUUAUUAGCAUAUUAAAAGAUCUACUGAACAACAUCAUCAAAAUGGAGGAAGAAGAGGAUGCGUCUACUGAUCUUUAUCCACCAAUCGGUCGGAAUAAGCCACACAUUGAUCUGGGCACACUUAUGACAAUUACCUCAAAACCAAAGAUCUUAAAGACCACAAAUGCUUACUUUUACUGGGUGACGCGGGAGCAAGGCUCUUUUGAUUGGUUCAAAGGGGUCAUGAAUGAGAUUGCUGACUUGGAUCAAAGGAAUAUUAUUGAGAUGCACAACUACCUAACAAGCGUCUAUGAAGAGGGGGAUGCUAGGUCAGCACUCAUCACCAUGCUCCAAGCCCUGAACCAUGCCAAGAAUGGAGUUGAUAUUGUCUCUGGGACAAGAGUCCGAACACAUUUUGCAAGACCAAAUUGGAAAAAGGUCCUUUCUAAAAUUGCCUCCAAGCAUCCAUAUGCUAAGAUAGGUGUAUUCUACUGUGGAGCUCCAGUCCUGGCACAAGAACUGAGCAAACUUUGCCACGAAUUCAACGGGAAAUGCACAACAAAAUUCGAAUUCCAUAAGGAGCACUUCUGAAAUCAAGUAAAUACUUGAAGGAGACAAGGAUAGUAUAUGUUAUUGUAUAGCAUUUUUGUCUUCGUAUAUUCUUCAUUAUAAUGGACAAGAGAUAGCAAGGUGAGGAAGCAACUUUAGUUAGCCCCCCAGUUCUUGCUGGACAGUAGCAACAAAUAAAAAGAGCAACAACAAGAGGGAUUUGGGGGCAAUCAUAUAAAUUCAUGGAACGUCCAUCAUGGGCUUUUGCAGCAUGUCCCAUAAAAUCAUGAAUGUACAGAGCUCACAUGAAGACCUUGAACUUCUCCUGAUUUUAGUUGAGGUUAGAAUGGUAUAGACAUAGGAAUAUCACAAGGCUAUUUAACUGUAUAUUAUUCGUGCAGCUGAGUGUCUGGCUAAGGGCCAGAAGCACUUUUCACGUUUGUAUUUACAUAUACAGAAAACAAAAAAAAAAAGCGAGAAGGGAAAGGUAUACUCGAAUUGAGUGUUUGUAAUCUGUAUUCAUACAGUGCAUUGGCAGUUUUAUUGGCUCCAGGUGCACCAUUCACCAAUUACAUC